AUGUUGAGAGCCAGCCGGAAGAUACGCACAGGUUCCGCCGUUCGGUCCUUGGCCACAGUUGCGGGAGUUAGGGGACAAGCACCAUUAAGUCGGUUUGAACCCGAUCACAGAGUUGAUUAUAUCGGCUUCCUAGACAAACUCUCCCGUAUGCGAAAGAUCCUUGAUCGGCCUCUCACUUACGCAGAGAAAGUCCUUCUCACACAUCUCGAUGGUGGACAAGAUGACAAGGUUAUUCGAGUUCACUGCGAUCAUCUCAUCGUCGGUCGAGAUGGUAGCGAGCAAGAUCUUGCUGGGGCACUGACAAGUCACGGUGAGGUAUAUGAAUUCAUGUCCAGUGCCUGUCAGCGCUACAACAUGGGCUUCUGGAAGCCCAACGCAGGCAUCAUUCAUCAGAUUGUUCUUGAGAACUAUGCUUUCCCAGGUGGCAUGUUGAUUGGUACCGACUCUCAUACGCCAAAUGCUGGAGGCAUGGGCAUGAUUGCUGUAGGUGUCGGUGGUGCUGAUGCCGUUGAUGUCAUGUCUGGUCUUCCGUUCGAAAUCACAGCGCCUGAAAUCAUCGGUGUCAAGUUGACGGGCCAGUUAAGCGGCUGGGCUAGUCCUAAAGUUGCAGGGAUCCUUGGAGUCAAAGGUGGCACAGGAAAAAUCAUCGAAUACUUUGGCCCUGGCGCAGAAACAAUAUCGGCCACGGGAAUGUCUUCUAUCACUAAUAUGGGCGCUGAGACAGGGGCAACUACAUCAAUCUUCCCUUAUUCUGAAACCAUGUCCGCCUACCUACGUGCGACUAGCCGACCUGAGCUGGCGCAAGCUCUAGAAGUAGCGAAGCAUGAGCUACAAGCAGAUGAGGGUGUCAAGUACGAUCAUGUUAUCGAGAUCGACCUAUCUACCCUCGAACCUCGCAUCAAUGGCCCAUUCACUCCCGACUUGUCAACACCAAUUUCGAAACUGAGCGGUGCAGUUCGAAAGAAUAAAUGGCCUGAACAGCUUUCCGCUGGACUGAUCGGAUCAUGCACAAAUUCUUCAUAUGAAGAUCUCUCCCGAGCUGCUAGCUUGGCAAAACAAGCUCUGGAUGCAGGCUUGAAGCCCAAGAUGCCACUGCUGCUGUCUCCUGGAAGCGAGCAGACCAAUCAGACACUCAAGCGCGAGGGUGUCACCGAGGUAUUUGAGCGUUUGGGCAGUAAAAUCUUAUCUAAUGCCUGUGGACCCUGUUGUGGUUCGUGGGACAGAACCGACAUGACAAAGGGCACGCCAAACUCGAUCUUGGCAUCAUAUAAUAGGAACUUCACCGGACGUCUUGAUGGGAAUCCUGCAACCCAUACAUUCCUCUCUUCGCCUGACAUGGUAAUGGCCAAGGUUUUCUCUCAUGAUCUUGGGUUCAACCCUCUCAAAGAUUCUCUUGUUACUGAAUCUGGCGAGGAAUUCCGCUUUGAACCUCCUACUGGCAACGCACUCCCAUCAGAGGCAUACGAGAACACAGAUCAUGUCUACGAUGCGCCUUCGACAGAUCCGCAAGUCCGACGGGCCGUUACUGUCCAAAUAUCGCCAGACUCCCAGCGUUUGCAACGGUUGGCACCAUUCAAACCUUGGUCUGGAGAGGAUUUCGUCGAUUGUCCUAUUCUGAUUAAGACAACUGCAGAUCAUAACUAUGGCGAGGGAUCCUUUCGCGAGCAUGCUGCUCUUCAACCUCGAUACCUGGGCGGUGUUGCUAUCAUUGCUAGAUCAUUUGCCCGCAUUCAUGAGGCGAAUCUCAAGAAGCAAGGCAUGCUUGCGUUGACAUUCGCCGAUGAUAUAGCAUACGACAAGAUCAAAGCUUCGGACCGUAUCAGUAUUGUAGGACUGGCCGAACUAGCGCCUGGAAGGAAUGUGCAGCUCAAAGUAACGUCAAAGGAUGGUACGAGUUGGAAGACUGAAGCCAAGCACACCUUUACUCAUGAGCAAAUCGAGUAUUUCAAGGCUGGAAGUGCUCUAAAUGUUAUGGCUAGUCGACUCUCUGACAAUUCAUCUUCAGCAGCAUCUUUGUAG